UUCUUGUUAAAGUUUGUGAAUUGUGAAAUUAUAUGAUUUGUGUUGUUUCUGUUUCGUUUUGUUUUGUUAAAUUUUAUCAAGUAUUAUGUCCGCCAUAGAGAAACUUUCUAUUCAAGGAAUAAGAAGUUUUGGAGCAAAUAGCGAAGACGUUCAGUUGAUAUGCUUCCAAUCACCUGUUACUCUUAUACUUGGAGAAAAUGGUUGUGGAAAAACCACAAUCAUUGAAUGUUUGAAAUAUGCUCUCACUGGAGAUCCACCGCCAGGUAGUGAUCGUGGAAAGAAUUUUGUCCAUGAUCCAAAGAUUUUUAGUUUGAUGGAUGCUAUGGGUCAAAUCAAAUUACAAGCACGUAAUAUACGUGGGGAACGUAUAUCAGUUUGCCGCUCAAUGAAAAUUACAAAUCGAAGAGGAAAACCUGUUUUCGAAACGCUUGAUUCUACAAUGAAUUUUCUUGGUGCUGGUCGCAAAGAAAAUCUGCAUUCUGCAGAUUCUAUUAGUAAACGGUGCAUUGAUGUAGAUGUGGGCAUGUGCCAGUUUAUGGGUGUAUCCAAAGCGAUAAUUAAUAAUGUACUGUUUUGCCAUCAAGAAGAAUCUAGUUGGCCCCUUGAUGAAGCAAAAAAAUUGAAGGAGAAGUUCGAUGCCAUUUUUGGAAUAACUGAAUACAAUAAAGCAAUAGAAAAGUUUAUUAGUAUGCGUAAAACACAAAUGGAGGAUUUAAAAGUCAAUGAAGCGAAUUUACGCUAUCUAGAACAUCUUAAGCAAGAAAUGGAAAAUAAAAUGAUGGCCCUUAAAAAAGCCGAGGAGAAAUGUAUUGAUGUUAAGCAACAAUGCACUACUUGUGAUGAAGAGGUUAAACCCAUUGAGCAACGUUUAAACGAAAUUCGUAAAGUCGAAUACGAUGUUGCAAAGUAUCAGUCACUUAAAGUAGAAAUUCAGACAAAGCACAAAAAUUGCUGUGAACAAAUUGGGAAUUUAACUAAAAAAAUAAAGGUUAUCUUUGAAGGCGACAUAGAUGAUAUAGAAAGAGAAAUGAAAUUAUUCGAUAAAAAAAUGAUGGAUAAAAAUACUGAACGAAGUGAUUUAGAACGUAAUUUAAAUGAACUUAAGCAAAAAGAUAAACACUUGCAAACUAAAUUCAUUGAUUUGGAAAAAAAACGUUGCAUGUUAAUACAGCAACGCCAAAAGGAACAAGAGGGCAUAUCUAAACGUGCUAAUAAAAUGAAGGAUCUAUGUAAUGAACUAGCAAUUCCUUUAAAUACAGACUUAGAAGAAUAUAUUGAAUGUGUGCCUGAUGUGCUAGAAAAAAUAGAAAAUAACUUACUUGAUCAACAGCGACAUAUUACUGAAACAACAAAUAAACACGAUACCGAAGAUCAAAAACUUCAAACUAAUAUAGACACAAUGCGUGUUGAUCUUACUAAACUAGAGGAGACUGCAGUUACAAUGAAGAAACAAUUGAUGCAGCAUGAAACAGAAAAACGUGAUUCUGAACGCAAAAUUGAGGAAAUCGAAGUUUCAGCAACUCGUUUAAAACAAAUCACUUCUGAAGUUGAUCGUUUAACUGAAUCCUACAAAAGUACCUGUAAAAAUCAUAAUCAAGAUGAAUUAAAAGCAAAAAUUGCAAAUGGAAAGUUAAAAGCAACUAAACUUCAAGGAAUGUUUUCAAAAAUAGAUGAGCAACUAACUUUUCUUAAUUCCAUUUCGAAUGUAAUGGCAGAAAUUACUAUUAAAGAAAAGGAGUUGGAAAAAAGAGAACAAGAAGUACGACGUGUAAAAAAUAAACAUGUUGAAAAUUUUAAAAAAGUAUUUAAUAGAUCUAUAGAAUCUAAUUUUCGGCGAUCUUUGCAACAAGUAUACGAAAAUUUACGUCAGGAUAUAAAAGAUUUAAAUGAAAAAUGUAAUAAUUUGAAGUUAAAAGAUCAAUCAUUUGAAAUUGAACGAAAAAAUGUCAAGGAAGAAUUAGGGCGAUUUGAAAAAGAACUUGAGGAAAAUAAAGAAAUUAUAUAUGAAAAGUGUUAUGCUACACCUUUUGAGGAAUUAUUGGCUAAAUGCAAAGAAAAUGUCAACAAAAACCAAUUAGAAUUGGGUUCCUUAAAAUCAGCUGAAGCAAUGUACAAAAGAUAUAUCGAAAAAAUAUCAGAAAAUCCAUGUUGUCCAUUAUGUCACAAAGAUAUGUCCAAUAACGAGACUAUGGACCUUACUACUGAAUUAUCUGAUGAAAUACUACAUUUGCCAGAUAAUAUAAGACGAGCGGAAAAGAUUUUGAAAGAAAAUCAGUUAAAAUACGAAAACUUACUGCAGUUAAAGCCUGUCAUUGAAAAGGUCGCAAAGCUAGAAAAGGAUAUACCUAAACGCAAGAAACAGUUAAAUGAUAUUAAAGAUAAAUUGGCAGCAUGUGCUAUUGAAUUAGAUACUUUACAACAGCAAAUUGCAGAACCAACUGCAAAAAUGGAUUUGGCUAACUCAAUGUUAAGUGACAUGACUAUUUUGGAUGAAGCUAUUAAGGAUGUUGCACGUUUUAAAGAUGAACUACAUAAAUUAAAGACUAAAUUACCGAGUGACUAUAAUCCAGAUGAUACUGUUUCUAUAGAAAAUCUUCAAUUAGAAAAAACUACACUCUCGGCAGAAUUGGAAAAUGAACGAAAAAGUAUAGAAAAUAUGCAACAUUUAUACGAAAAAGUAAUGGAAUCUUUGAAUACCCUUCGCGAAAAAAAGAAUACGUUAAAAGACGAACAGAUAAAAUUACAGGAAGGUGUACAGUCUUUGCCACAAUUAAAAGAUAGACAAAUUGAACUUGUUAAUCUAGUUGAAACGGUUAAAAUCGAAUUACAACAAUCACAAGCGAAAGUUAAUCCUUUGGGACAGAAGCUUAAAACUGCUAUAGUUGAAAAAGCUAAAUGCAAAGAAUUGAAUCGGAAAAAGUUGCAACAACUACAGUCAAAGUUGGAAAAGCAUAAAAAUCUGAAUCAGGAUAUAAAAAGGUAUAUAAGAAAAUGACUUUAU